AUGCGCGCGCGCACCUCGCUCUCGAGCCAAGCGUGCGCGCGUCGCGUCCUCCAACGCCGGCGACGCUGCAUUCGGCGCCUCACCGGUCGCCAUGACGCGAUCGCGGACGAUGACGACGCGCGAACGGGCCGACGACGCGACGCUUUAGCGCUCGGUGACGUCGUUGAGAUUAAAGUCGUCGGUACCGCGGCGGUGAACGGCGCCACGGUGACGGGGGCGAUCGCGGACUUCGUCACGAACGCGAGCUUUCACGCGGACGGAAUCAAGGUGAGGUUGGAGUGCGGGGCGAUCGGACGGGUGUCGAGACGCGCGGACGCGCCCGCGGCGGCUCGAGCGAGCGACGAGAAUUCUGUAGAGGUAGAGGAUGAGGUAGAGGAGGAAGAGGAGGAAGAUGAAUCGAGCGCGGAGUCGAUUGAACGCGUGGCGUCAUCAUCGGGGACGUCGGGCACCGGGAGAGCUGUUCGCACGGCGCACGUCUCGGGCGUGUCUAAGUCGGCGGACGCGUCGACGGCGAAGAGUUUGGCGGACGGUUUGAAGGGAGUGAAGCGCGUUCGGUUGCCCACGCGCGCGGGGGCGCACAUGGGAUACAUGUUCAUCGAGUGCGAUGACGCGGACGCUCUGAGAGGGGUUGUAGAGGCCCUAAACGGGGUCGAGUUUGAGGGAAAGCGGUUAAACGUCGAGCCCGCCAAGGAGGAUCCGAGACCAAAGGAGAAGAAGAAAACUACCGCGACGGCGUCCAAGCAAAAGCCUCAAAAAUCAAAGAAAACACGAUCGGAACUGGAGGCAGAGAAUAAGGAGCGACGCAUACUCGAGGCCAGGGCGCAGAUGGAAGCGGACGCCCUCCUCGAGCUCGAGCGGGCUAAGCGUCGACGCGAGCGUGAGCUCGAGCGUAAGGAGCGCGAGAUCCAAUCGCAACGCGAGCUCGAGAUGGAGCGAGAGCGUCGCGCAAAGGCUGUACUUGAACGUCGAGCGGCCGCUUCAAAAGCUCGCGCCGAGCGCGCACGCGCCCAGACUGAGGCUCGAGAGGCGCGCGACGCCGCCGCCGCCGCGCUCGGCGACAUCCGCCUCGACGCCUCCUGGCGCGCUCGCGUGGACGAACUCCGUGCCUCUCUCGACCGUCUCCGCGUUGACGCCGACGCACACGUGGAGUAG